CUCGCCAGCUGAUCGGCCUUGACUCCCGGUGCGGUCCGUCGGACUGUACGCGGCCGUUAAUAUCAUAAAUAUUGUUUAAAUUCAUAUAAAUAUAGAUUAGAGGCCGCUCGUGUCGGCAUUUUGUAUAUCUUACGCUGCAUUUUUAGUUCGGGGAUUGCGGUCUACAGCGUUUUGGUACAAACGUCAAGCCGAGGAAUUCCCAUAGAAGCACUAGGCCGUGAGCGAAUCCCCGGUGUUUCCUGCAGCAGACCGCCGCCUUUACACCGUCACCAUGGGGGACACAGGGAGCGAGCGCAGCAAGCCGCCUAGUAUACCUCCUCGCUGCCCUUGCGGAUUUUGGGGGUCUAGCAAAACCAUGAACCUCUGUUCCAAAUGCUUUGCUGACAUACAGAAGAAACAGCCAGACGAGGAUUGCACUCCAGAGCCCGCCCCCAGCUCCAGCAAUAGCCAAUCAGCAGUCUUCUGUAAUGAAUCGAGCAGCAGCAGUAGCCAAACCUUGUCCUCAAAGCCAGCCAGCUCAGAGGAGCCUUCAUCAGAAGCCACACCUCUUCCUGCGCAGGACGAAGUCUCCAGUACAGACACAGCUCGCGGCACGCUAUCCACUCCUACAAAACGACCCUGUGACUCAGGUUCAGAGAGCGAUUCGUCCCCAGAGAAGCGCGUUCGGGUGGAGGAGGCCUCAUGUUCUGAAGGUUCUCCACGAGUUCCCAAGCAGAAGAACCGUCGGCGGUGCCAUAGCUGCCAAACCAAACUGGAACUCGUACAGCAGGAGCUGGGGUCCUGUCGUUGUGGUUAUGUGUUCUGCAUGUUGCACCGGUUGCCGGAGCAACACGACUGCAUGUUUGACCAUCUGGGGCGUGGCCGAGAGGAGGCCGUGAUGAAGAUGGUUAAACUGGACCGCAAGGUGGGCCGAACCUGCCAGCGCAUCGGAGAAGAGUGCUCUUGAACACCCCCUGCCCCUUCUCGCACACACACACAUACAUACACACCGCAGUCCACUUAUGCCACGCACGCACACACCUCAAUCACCCACUAGUGACAUCUUUAUUUCUCCAGUACAUCUCAGAGGAACCCACAUCCUUGCUUGACCCCUGACCUGUGUCCCCUCAAUAGCCUCGGGCUCAUCACACACAGAGCCUUAACUUAACUGUUAUCCGCCUCCCCUCCAGAGCGAACGCAGGUCACCGGGUCAAUAAAACUUCCCCCAAGGUCACGGCGGAGAGGAAACAAGCGUCCUCCUCGUCCCCACCUCCCGAAAAGUCUGUAGUUUGGAGAACUGCUCUUUCUCAGAGGCUGCGGUCGACUCCAGGGGAAACUUGUCGAUCGGGACCUUUGGGAAUUUCCGUUCCACCUCCACAAGUCUCCUCCAUCACACGGACGUUCGGAUGAAAAAAAGUCUUUUUGAGGACCUGGAUCACGCAGUCACCCCCCGUGAUGACCUUGGGAUAAGGCAGACUUUGCUUUUUGUGAUUUCAUUUGGCGAGCUGUGCCUAUUUUACGCUCAUAUGCACUUACAGCCGUGUUUUCGACGCUUGGUCCGACACAAGGGCGGAAGCGAAAUCAAACGGUACCCUCAAACGGAUUGGAUUCAGUUGGGACACAGCUCGUCCGGGAACUGUAGUUCAUUCAGGUCUGAAUAAACAAGCUCCGUAACCUCGUACGACUCCCAACAGCCCUUGCAAAAUACUGUCUGCCUCUUAAAGCAUCUAAACAUCCCGGUUUACUUGCUUUGUCCCGUGUCAUUAUUUUCCUCAUGCUAAUCUUUCAAUUCUCUCUCUUUCUCCCCAUCCAUGUCAUUAAAGAGGGGCGUGUUCACCGUCGGUGGGAGCGAGGAUGUCUCAAUUUACCGGCACGUUUCUUUUAUCUUUAUUCUCGACUGGUUUUCUGUUUGGGUGUUGAGAAGGACAGAACUGAAGAAAAGAGAUGAAUAUUGUGUAUCUUAAGAAAAAUCCUUAUUUAACCUCCUUUGUGUUUCUGGUUAACUCUCACUCUAGCAUAGAGCUGCAUUACUUUGCCCUUUUUAGGUUAAAAUAAAAACAUACGAAAACAUAUGGAUUAUGGAUAAGAUAAAUUCUGUAGCCUUUCUUUUUGUUUCUUUGUUUUUUCUUUUUCCUUUCCUCUUUUGCUGAAAAAGAAUAAACUGGAUUAGAGGA